GCUCUUGUCUGCGACAAUCCCAAUCCUCAACCGAAGGAUAUCAUCACUGUUUUGCCAAUUGAAAACAAAGCAUCAUUCUUUUAUACCUCUUUUCCUUUUUUUGACCAUCAUCACAAUGUUCGCUAGAUCCGCCUUCAGGCUCUCGCAGCCUGCCAGACAGAGCUUCCGCAAAUACUCCACCGAGGCUACUGCAAAGGGCAACAACUUGAAAAACAUCGCCUUUGUCGUUGGUGCGCUCGGUGUUGGUACGGGCGUGUACAGGUACAUGCAGAGCAAACCGGUGACUGCGGAAGAAAUCAAGGAGCGCGACAAGGUGUUUACCGGUGGCGAUCAAGGAUUCGUCGAUUUAAAGCUCAGCGAUAUUGAGAUUUUGAGCCAUAAUACCAAGAGAUAUCGCUUUGAGUUCCCUGACAAGGAGGCUGUUUCUGGUUUGCAUGUUGCGUCUGCGUUGAUCACCAAGUACACACCACCUGAGGGCAAGCCUAUCAUCCGUCCUUACACUCCUGUCUCAGAUGAAGACACACCUGGAUACUUGGACCUCAUUGUCAAGCAUUACCCCAAUGGACCCAUGUCUUCGCACUUGGAUAGUAUGAACGUUGGCCAGCGCCUCGACUUCAAGGGACCUAUUCCCAAGUAUCCCUGGCAACCCAACAAGCACAACCACAUUGCCAUGAUUGCCGGUGGCACUGGUAUCACCCCAAUGUACCAAUUGAUCCGCGCUAUCUUCAAGAACCCCGACGACAAGACCAAGGUCACUCUUGUCUAUGGAAACGUCGGCGAGGAUGAUAUUCUCUUGAAGAAGGAGCUCCACGACUUGGAGAACACCUAUCCUCAGCGGUUCAAGGCUUUCUAUCUCCUUGAUAGCCCUCCCAAGGAAUGGACUGGUGGCAAGGGCUAUGUGACCAAGGAACUCUUGAAGACUGUUUUGCCGGAGCCCAAGGAAGAGAACAUCAAGGUAUUUGUUUGCGGACCUCCGGGAUUGUACAAGGCCAUUAGCGGUGGUAAGAAGAGUCCUUCUGACCAGGGUGAAUUGGAAGGGUACCUCAAGGAACUUGGCUACAACAAGGAGCAAGUCUACAAGUUUUAGAAUUGUGGUGCAUGAACAGAAAGAUAUUUUGUCUGUUGUAUUUCCUAUAUACGAUUGUGAUAUAUACUAGGUAGCUAGCUGUGUGGUGAACAGCCUAUUGUGUUUAGAAAGAGCUGUAUACAGAUAGACAUCUCCAAUCUUCAGAUUUGAAUUUCGCCAGUUC